AUGAUUGAGCGAGUGCAACUCCUUGCGAAGAUGUCUGAUUUCUUGGAACCAAAAGAGAUGGCUUUGUCUAGCAUGCUCGAGAGGUCUCUACGAAUCAAAGACAUGAAGGCUCUUUAUCCCAAAUUCUUGCCGCAAUUGCAAUCGAUUUUGAAACGAAUGGUGCAAGUUGCUCGAAGCUCUUCAACCUUUAAUUUUGAAAAUUUCAAAGCAAUGUAUGCAGCAUCACUAAAGGCAACACAAGUCGUAAUGACUUGA